UUUAACUGUUGCAAAAUAAGCAUACUAAUUUCCAAUUGGCUAUUUUCAAAUCAUAUGAGGCACGCUGUGCUGGUGCAUACAAUUGUGACCAUCAUAUGAGGGAAGAGGAAGCAGCAUAAAUAAAUUUUAUCCGUUUGACGAAAUGUUUCCACAGAGUUCGCAAAAGAAAUUCUGGACUUUUUCAAACGAACAGCAGCUUAAUUCUUUGAGAUUGCAACAAAAUGUCACAUAUAUCAAUACACACGGUUCUGAUAUGAAUCAGGAGCAACGUGAUGAUUUCUUCCUGUCGUCCAUUGAAGAACGUAUAUUGCUGAAACAGUAUGAGUUAUAUUUAAAUGACUUCUGUCGACGUUUUGAGCCACCAAUGCCAAAAUGUGUUGUAGGCACGGCUUUCCAUUACUUUAAACGUUUCUAUUUGAACAACACCCCUAUGGAUUAUCAUCCAAAGGAGAUACUUGCCACGUGUGUUUAUUUAGCGUGCAAAGUUGAAGAAUUCAAUGUCUCAAUCGGCCAGUUUGUGAGCAAUAUAAAGGGUGAUCGCAAUAAGGCAAUGGACAUUAUACUCUCAAAUGAAUUACUUAUGAUGCAGCAACUAAAUUACUACCUCACAGUGCACAAUCCAUAUCGGCCAAUUGAGGGAUUUCUCAUUGAUAUCAAGACUCGCAGUGGUAUGUCAAAUCCUGAGCGUCUUAGGCCACACAUAGAUGAGUUUAUAGAAAAGACUUUCUUCACCGAUGCCUGUCUGCUAUAUGCGCCAUCUCAGAUUGCAUUAGCAGCUGUGCUGCAUGCGGCUAGUAAAGAGCAGGAAAACUUAGAUAGCUACGUAACCGAAAACCUAUUUUUGGCUGCACGUGAUAAAUUGCCGGUUCUAAUAGAGGCCGUGCGCAAAAUACGCUACAUGGUGAAAACAUACGAACUUCCGGCGAAAGAAAAAGUAAAACUGAUUGAAAAGAAGUUGGAAAAAUGUCGCAAUCAAGAAAACAACCCCGACAGCCAGGUCUACAAAGAGCGCAUGCGCAAAAUGCUUUGCGACGACGACAUGGAAUUAGCGCAAGAUUCGUCAUAUCAUAUCGCCGACUCCAGUGCUGACAUGUCUAUGCUUAAUAUGAGUCAAGAAUCUGCAAAUUAGUUGUUAAUCUUAGUAUUAAGCCGUGUAUGUAAAUUGCUAUUAUUUGUUACUGAAUAAAUAAAGGAAACGGAAAAAAAUUAAAGUAAAAAGAACAGCUUUAGGAAUUUCCAAUACUUACUGCCAGGCAUUUAAACACUGUUCCGAAUAAGUGUAAUUAAAGCAGCUUCUUUCAAUAUUUCAUUACAACUUCUUUAUUGUAUUUGAUACUACUUUUUUUUGUUUUGGACACAAAACACUUAUCGGAUAUAUUUGUAUGUAGUACAAUCAAGUGUAUUGAAUAUUUAUGAGAUUAAUUUCAUUACUCCUCAACAAACAAUACGGUUUUAAAUAUCUUUUUUGUUAUUGUAGUUAUUUUACAUUUUUAGCUUUAUUUAAGGGUGCAUUUCAUUUUUAAGUUUUGUAUGCAUAUUGUAUUGUAUUUAAGAUAUUUUCAUAUAGAUAAAUGUUUGCUCGUGAGGAUUUUAUUAUUUAAAAUAGUGUUGCGUUGAGGCUUAGCUAAUAAGGUAUAGUAUGUAUAUUUAUAAUAAUUUUCAUGGUACUUUGUGGUUUAUGUACGUCAACAAUAUGCAGUACAUGGAUUUUUAUAAUUGAAUUUUGUUUUUUUCUCACAUUAUAAAAUUAAGCUGAUUUAUAUUAAUAUUUAUUUGUCUUUUUCAAUAUGCAAACACUUCUGAUAAUUUCUUUAAAACUAUUACUAUUAUUAUUAAUUAAAUAACAAAUUCUCAUAACGUCUACAUUUAAUAUUAAAUUAACUUAUGUAUAAUUUUCUCAAUAAGUAGAACUUACAAAUUAUUUAAUCAUUGAUAAUUAAAUAAUUUUUUUUUUUUCAUGGCUAGAAAUCUGUUGGAAGUUUUAGAAAAUAUUAAGCACGCAUGAAAGCUUUAUUUUGAAAUUUGAAAACUUUCAAUAAUUGUACGAAAAUACAAAUGUCUUAUGUAUUGGCUCUAAUUUUUCUAGCUUACGCUUUUAAUUUAUUUUAAGUUUAUUUAAAAAAAAAAAACGCGUAUUGAAGAUUUGUAUAGCUUUCAAUUACUUAAACGUUGUAUUGCGCUUCGUGGAAAGUGUAUUAUUUAUUAAUUUUUUUUUAAAUUAUUUGCUUCGCUAUUGAGCUAAAAAAUGCACAUAACCUUAAAAUGUCAAAAAAAGCAUUAAAACUUUGUAAUUUAACGAAUUUUAUACACAUUAAAAGCGAAUCGGAAA